AUGGCCAACGACUACUCUUCAAGCGACGAACUCAGUGACAGACAGUCCUCCGGCGCUGAGCGCAGCCACGCUGGCGGGGCGCAUAGAACCGGCGCUGGCGCCACCAGCGACAGUUCUGAGCCCAUUCGCAAGUGGCAGGAGCGGAGGGAAGCAGAGAUCGCUGAGCGCGACGAAUCAGAGGCUGCUGCGACUCAGCGUCUACAGGCGGAGGCCAUAAAGCAUAUUGAUGACUUCUACGAGGUAUACAGCAAGAAGAAGCAACAGCAGGUGGAGCAGGCGAGACGCGAAGCCGAAGAGUUUCUGCAGCAGCGCGAUACUUUCUUUGACCAGGACAACACCGUGUGGGACCGCGUACUUCAGCUGAUCAACACCGAGGAUGCUGACGUGUUGGGAGACCGCGACCGUUCCAAGUUCAAGGACAUUCUGUUGCGGCUGAAGGGCCAGGAGCAUGUUCCAGGAGCAGCUCGCGGCUGA